AUUUUUUAUUUUGUUCAAUUAAGGCCCCCAAACUCAGCAUUAUUCUUAAUUAUAACCUUAUUUGAGCACAAUAAAACUUUAGAGCGUUAAUUGUAAAUUCAGUCAAAGUUCAGGAACUUCUUAACACAUAAUGCAUUGAUUUUUCUUUAUCGAGACUUACUUGCCAACUAGUUAUUUUUUUUAUAUAGAAAAGUGUCAUUAAUUUCUUACAAAAGUUAAAAAAAUAAUAAUAAACAAAACUUCCUUACAAAAUACAUACAAACAUUUCUCAACAACCACUUUAAUUUAAGAUCUAUAAAUUAUAACUACAUGACACAUAAUCCAAUCAUACAGAAAGUAGAGACAUUAAAAAAGUGGUGAAAGCGUAGCUACCACACUCCUCUUCGCUUUCAACACAGUGUUUCAAUGUGCCCUGUAUAAUAUUUUUUUUAUUCUAAAAAUCUGUCAACGAUGAUUUAUUAAUGGCCUACAAGUUGGAAUUUCUCCAGAGGCUUGAUUUUAUUGCAAUUCCUCUUUAGAUAUUUAGGAAAAAUCCAAAAAACUACUUGUCAUCUCCAAGCUAAUUACUUAACCAGCAAUCCACAACGCACCUGUUCCGCAAGUGGGUACUAGUCCAUCUCCCCUGGCUUUUUGUUGAAUCUGUCAACUGGAUAAACUGUUUUGCCUUUCCCCUUCUCUGUAAUUUCAUUCUGAGCUCUCCUGUCCUGGCCGCCCAUGAGCCAGCCAUGGAAAUAUCAAAGGAAUCAGAUUCCCAAUCCCAUCCCUUCCACUGGCACUUCACCGAGCUCGAAGACCACGAUUUCGAGAUCCGGGGCCGCACGCUCUACUACAUCAUCGCUCUCUUCGCCAUCGUCCUCGCCGUUUCCCUCGUCCUCAUCUACUGGCGGUGUUUCAGUCGUUGCCGUUCAAACCCCUCCACCCCCAACUCCCACGCGCCCACCCCUCCGCCCCCACAACCACGAGGGCUCGAUCCCGCUACUAUCCGCUCGUUGCCCAUCUCGCUGGUCACCAAUGGGCAGUUCCCAGAAGCCGAUUGUUCCAUAUGUCUCGGUGUAUUUGGCGAUGGCGACAAAGUUAAGGUUUUGCCUCAAUGUCAACACCUUUACCAUUCCGAAUGCGUCGACAAGUGGCUCAGUAACGAGCCGAGUUGCCCACUUUGUAGAUCUUCCAUACAAGUUGACUCACAUCUUCAUCCUCCUCCUCGGAUCGUAAUCCAAUAAAGAAGAAGAGCAGAAGCUGAUUUUCAGGUGUAUUAUGCUAUCUCUUUCUGAUCGUUAAUUUGGUUUAUACUUGUAAAUCAGAUCAAAAUUGUUGUACAAAAGCGUGAAUCUAUUUUGUUUAGUUUGGUGAAGAAUUUGUGGCUCAGUUUUGUUGAGGAAGUCCUGAUCUGGAAGAUAACUGUUCGACAAAUUUCCUGAGAUAAUGUCAUUUUGUUUUGUAAGAAACAAAUCAAGUUCAA